AUGGCGGCCAUGGGCACGGCCGAGAUCCCGCCGUGCCCGUCCGCAGAGGCCCCCGCGCCGCCCGCGGGGGCCCUCGCGCCGCCCAGCGGUUCCAGGGGCGCCCCGCGCAAGCGCCUGCGCGUGGAUUGGGCGACCAAGCUGGCGGCGGCGCUGCCGCCCGAGGGCUCGCCCGCCGCAGGAGGCGCGGCCUGCGCGUCCACGGCGGUGGCGGAGCCGGAGGACCGCGCACACGGAGGCGUCGGCGGCAGCUACGAGCCAGCAUUGGUGGGCCUCGGGGACCUGGCCACCCUGGCCCCCGCACUGCCCCGGUGCUGCUCCGUGGCGCUGGCGACCUGCAUGCGGGGCUGCCCGGCGGCGCGGUUGCGGGAGUGGCUAUUCUGGCACCUGUCGCACGGCGUGCGGCCGAUUUUUCUGAGGUGGGAGGGCCCAUUGUCUGCUGCGCAGAGUGCCGAGCUGGCGGGUCCUCGCGAGCGGGGCGAUGUGGUCCUGAGGGUGGUGCCGAGCGUGGGCCAUCUGUCCAGCGGCUUCAAUUCCGUGAUGGCCCGGCAGGUCAAGUUCGUGCAUAGGUGCCUGGCUGAGGCGCGGCAUCUCGGCUGUGAUUUCCUGCUGCACCUGGACGACGACGAGCUGCUCUGCCCGAUCCGCGGCUCCUUAUCGAUUCCGGACGUGCUCGGCCUCCACUGCAGAAGCACCGCCAGGUGCAUCCACUUUGAGAAUUGGGAGGCCGUGAUGCCGUUCGCCGAGGCCACCUCGCGGCCGUUCUCGCGCACGGGCGUCGAGUUCCGGACGCGUCUGCUCUACUGCAACGGGAAGAGCGCCGCCAACCUGACGGCGCCAGGCAGCGUGUACUGCAGUGGCGUCCACCACUUCUGCCGCUACGACAGGACGUUCUCGGAAAUCUGCGUGGCGAGGUACGGCCUGCACGACAAGGUGUCACGCGUCGUCGUCGGAGAGGGCGCGCUGUCAGAGCAGCUCGCCUCCGUUUGCGAUAUCAAUAUCUUGCGAGAGCAUUCUGUGAUCCACAAAAUAUCCUACUUGUCCGAACACGUGGACCCGUUGGCCUACCUUCCCAUCCACGUCGACGGUAGACUUGGUUAUUCAUGCGGUUUGCAAAACUUGCCUGACCCGCACACGGGUCAGCCUCGUAAAACCAGCAUGUCCGAGUUCUGUUCAUUCCGCCUCAUGCAACGUGAGCCUUCGAAUGCUUUGGAGGCCGAGCCCCAACGCGCCGCAGGCAGGCUGUUCCACAAGUUCAUCGUGGACGCCAUUAUGAAAGUGGAACAUGCGCGACUGGAUUGGACAGCGCGUGAUCAGCGCCAGCUGCGCAAGGUUGAGGCCAUGCAGUCCACCGUCAUCGCCAUCGGCUCCACCAUGGGCCCCAGCUACGACGGCGUCAGCAAGCAGAUCGAGAUGCGCUUCGGAGAAUGGUCAAAGUCUAUCCCCCUUGACUUGCAAGGCCAGAGGGCCGAGCUGUACUCCAGCACCGUCAAGUCGCCAGCCAUGGCCAGACGGAUCGAGCCAUGCAAGCCCGAGUGGCGCCUGGAGAACGUGGCCGACAACAACGGCACAGUCCAGAUUCUGGAGAUCGUUCCAGGUCGAGCUUGUCAGGUAGGCCUGGGCCUGGACGACGACGACAUGCUCAUCCACUGCAACGCUCGCAGUUGUAAGCGCGUCGCCAGGAGCGAGCAGGAGAUGCUGCGACGCCUGCCCAGGGAUCUGCCUGAUGUCCAGGAGCUUCCCCGUCUCUGCGCGGCGCUGGACGACUGGAAAGCUAAGGCGGACACGGCUCGCGCGCUGGAGUUCGCGAGGAUGGCCGAGCUCUAG